CCUCGUAUUUGAAAUUAAGUAAUUAACUGUUACUCCAAACAUUAUCUGCCAUAGCAUUAUCCACAAAUCAAAUCCUCUCUCUCUCUGUUCAUGAUCAUACUCCGACUCCACUAGGACCACUACCUCCAUGUUUCCAGCGACAACAACUGCAGCGCCACCAUCUCCACCACCGCACUUCUUCUUCUCUACUCCUCCUCCAUCUCUCUCUUCUCUACUAUUCUCCGACCUCCUCCUCCGUCCGCCAUGUUCACCGACGACUCCUUCCCUCUCUUUCCACCGCAGUUUAAACUUCACACCUUUCCUUCCAAUUGCCGUUAAAGUUGCGUCGAGGUCUAGAUGCUUCCCUAAAUCUACGGCCGAGGAUCAGCUUAGUGAUUCCGACACUCGUGAUGCCGGCGAUAUUGAUUUCGAGGAGAAAGAUGAUUCAGGUAAUGCUAAAAUUGAUCAUUACUCCGGUGAUGAUAUUCGGAAGGAGAAUACGCCGCCGCCUUCUACUCUCGGAAUACCUGAGCCUGUUUAUCAGGUGGUAGAGGUGAACUCGGAUGGGAUGAUAUCUACUAAAACCAUUAAUAGAAGGAAUUUGCUGAAAACAAGUGGUCUUCGCCCUCGUGAUAUUCGCAGUGUUGAUCCAUCCUUGUGGUUGACGAACUCAAUGCCCUCGUUACUGGUCCGGGAGCACGCUAUUCUAUUGAACUUGGGCUCAUUAAGGGCAAUAGUAAUGCAGGAACGUGUUCUCAUUUUUAACUAUAACAGGAGGGGAGGGAAAGCUUUCAUUGACUCGUUGUUGCCUCGGUUGAAUUCUGAGAAUACAAAUGGAGUGCUGUCUUUGCCAUUUGUACUAGAGGUUGUCGAAGCAGCUUUGGUUUCAAGAAUACAGCGCUAUGAGCAGAGGAUGAUGGAAGUAGAACCUCGUGUUCAAUCACUACUAGAGGUUCUCCCCAACCGAUUAACAGGUGAUAUGUUGGAACAGCUUCGCACUAGCAAGCAAACAUUGGUCGAGUUGGGAUCUCGAGCUGGGGAUCUCAGGCAGAUGCUGCUUGAUCUUUUGGAAGAUACAGAUGAACUAGGCAGGAUAUGCAUCAUGGGAAGGAACUGCACUAUUAACAGAAUAACUCACUCCUUAGAAUGCUCUGUCCCUUUGGACAAAGAAAUCGCAGAGGAAGAGGAGGAAGAAAUUGAAAUGUUGUUGGAAAAUUAUCUUCAGAGGUGUGAGUCAGUCCAUGGUCAAGCUGAACGGCUUCUUGACUCUGCCAAAGAGAUGGAAGACUCAAUUGCUGUAAAUUUAAGUUCUCGGAGACUGGAAGUAAGCAAAGUGGAGUUGCUCCUCCAAGUAGGCACAUUCUGUGUAGCAAUUGGAGCUUUGAUCGCAGGGAUAUUUGGCAUGAAUUUGAGGUCCUAUCUUGAAGAACAUGUGUUUGCAUUUUGGACCACAACGGCGGGGAUCAUGAUUGGCAUUGUUAUUGGAUUUUUCCUCAUGUAUGCAUACCUCAAGAAAAGGAAAAUAUUAUAACUUUCUUUGAUUCUAUUGUGUAUCUCAUUGUUAGGCUGCUUCACUAGGCUAGCUAGCAUUAACAAGAAAAUGUAGUUUUCCGAGGGUGUAAUAAGUGUACGUAUAAGAGAAAUCAUGUACAUGAAACUGAGGGAUUGAGGAUCA